AAUCCUUCGAUAGCAAUAUGUCACUUCUCUACAUUUUAACAACCAAUGCAAUUAUAUAUUUUUUUCUGACUUGCAGCAUAUAAGGGAAUUAAUUUUAGACCGACAUAGCGAUAAACCACCAAUGUCAAGCUUCAGGACAACUUGCAGUCUGUCCCACACUCACACUCAGUCACUGAAUAACUCCUCGUGCUCGCACACGCGCGUUCACACUGACUCACACACCCUCUCUCAUUGCGCACACACACACGCUCUCAUACACGCGAAAGCUGUCAAUUUCUGCCGCUGGUCACGUGACCCACGCCUCCCUGGAAUGGAUGGAGAUUGCUCUCCACGUCAGCCUACGUCUAAAAAUUUCUGCCUCGCGGACCUGCUUCAAAGAGGCAAGAGCCAGGGCGCUCCAGAGCCAUGUAAAGGGCGGCUCUAGAGGCAUGACCCACAUAGAGUAGUAGAGUGAAGGAGUGAUGGAUUUUGACGAGCGGGUCCCCGUCGGUUCGAACAUGUAUUUGCCCAGUUGCACCUACUACGUCUCGGCGGGGGCAGACUUCUCCGGUCUACCCUCGUUUUUGUCCCAGACCCCGUCUACUCGGCCCAUGACAUACUCGUACUCCUCUAACCUGCCUCAGGUCCAGCCGGUGAGAGAGGUGACGUUCAGGGACUAUGCCGCCAUUGACGCGUCCGGUAAAUGGUCACACCGGGGGAACCUGCCCCAGUGUUACCCCACCACGGAGGAAAUGGUACAUCGGGACUGUAUGUCCUCGCAGCCCACCAUGGGGGAAAUGUUUGCCAAGAACAACCCUACCGCCGCUGCUGCGUAUCACCACCACUCCGGCGCGGGCUGUGCAGUGUCCAAUUUCUACGGGAACGUUGGCAGAAAUGGGGUGCUGCCCCAAGCCUUCGACCAGUUUUUCGACACAGCGUACGCCAACGCCUUAGAAACUCCGUCGUCUAACGACUACUCAGGGGACAAAACGGCCACCAAGCAGACAAGCUCCGCCGCAGAACACGAGCCAUCGUGCCGGGAAACGGAGGGGAAGGAGCCGCGCGAAGAUACCAGCAGCCCGGAGUCCUCUUCCGGCAACAAUGAGGAGAAAUCGAGCAGCAGCAAUGGACAGAGGACUCGUAAAAAAAGAUGUCCUUAUACAAAAUAUCAGAUCCGAGAACUGGAGAGGGAGUUCUUUUUCAGUGUGUAUAUCAACAAAGAGAAGAGACUGCAGCUCUCUCGUAUGCUGAACCUCACCGACCGCCAAGUGAAAAUCUGGUUUCAGAACCGAAGAAUGAAGGAAAAGAAAUUAAACAGAGACAGAUUACAGUAUUACACCACGAACCCACUGCUUUAGGAGUGACUUGUCAUAUGCGUUUACAGACUUAUUGACUCGCUGUGGUCUCUUUCCCCUGACAUAUGUGUCAGCAACAACAACACAACAACAGCAAUGGCUGUAGCUGCAACACGAUGCUCAACUGUUAAUUUCAAGUUCGUGGACAGGCAACAUAAUCUCUCCUGAUUUCAAACCGUUUGAGAAUGAGCAUGAUUUAACUGACACACUGACGGCAUUUUGGCCAUUAGACUUAAAAAAAAAAUUUAAAAAAUCUGCGGAUGUUGUCCUCACCAAGACUAUGUUCUCUUUCUUGUGUAUCCUAAUAUUAUUGUGACACAGAGUCGCCUUCAUUUUCUUCUCAAAAGGCGGAGAGCCUUAUCAGUCUACCAAUGACUGACCGGGGUGAUUAAAAAAAUACAUCCUCUUGUAAAUUACAUUUUCGGUUUUUAAGAUCGUACAAGUGGUGACGUGGUAGGACUAUAGGUUUCCUGUGACAGUGAAUAUGUGAUGUUGUGCAUUUAAUAAUGGAGGCUAGGACUUUGGUGUGACCAAAUAAUGAGACUUGGGAGGGUGAGAUUGUAAAGUGUCUUUUUUAGUAAGGUUAUUUAUUUUGUAGCCACUCAUUUCCUAAAGAAUACCAACUGCAAAGCUCUAUCAGUAAAAUUAUAGGGAUUCGGUGUUACAUUUUGUUGACCCCAAACCCUCUACCAUUGUAAUAGUUUCAAAACAAUACAUGUAAUCUGGUUGUUUAUAUUUUGUGUACUUGAUUACCACACCCAAUUUGGCUUUGAAUUUGAUGUUAAUGCACGGAAAACCCACAAUGAGAAGAAUGUUAACCACAUACAGACAGAACCAGAUAUAAGCUUGUUUAACCUCAUUGCUGUAGCAGCCUAUAGUCGAAUUGUUGCCUUGCGACAUGCGUGUAGAUAGUACAGGUAACGGACAAGGCCGCAGUCUUUUGAUACCCAGAUUGAGAAAAUGUGCAUCCAGGUUUUGUUCAAAUAGGACGAAAUAUUUUUUCCAUUAUUCACAGGUCUUCAUGAUUUUCAUUGAAUUAACAUGAAUGUUAAAUGCGUUUUGAAUAUACUGUCAGGGACAUAAUAUUGUAUCAACUGCUUGUUAUGUCCGACACAUUCUGUAUUAUCCUAUAUUUCCAAAUUAAAAAUGAAAAUAUUAUUGAAGGAA